UCGACACUCAUUCUCCCUCCGUCCAUCUCAACGUGACAGCGGAUCUCCAUUCAGCCAACUCAGCGUCCACCGACCCAUCCAUUCAUCCAACCAUCCAUUCAUCCAUCCAUCCUGAGCAAGGUGCACCAAAGCGCUUGAGUGUGAUUGAGGAUGCUGGCGUGUACGGAGAUGAUCACGAUGUGUCUGCAGUCAGCCAAGCUGCAACACCUCAGCAAACAGCAGCAGCAACCGGAUUGUGAUUACAACCACAACCGCACCGCAUCCCUUUUCCACGAUAUAUUUCGUCGGGCGGAUAAAAACGAUGAUGGGAAGCUGUCCUUGGAGGAGUUCCAGUCAUACUUCAGUGACGGGGUCCUUACGGACGAGCAGAUGCAGGAGCUCUAUCGCUCCAUCGACAGGCAGAACACGGACAACAUGGACAUUGAGAAGCUCUCAGAGUACUUCAGUCCACAUAUGGGGGAGUAUGUCAAUGUGCUGUCUGCGCUUGAGAAGCUAAAUGUUGCCAUUUUAAAGGCAAUGGAUAAAACGAAGGAGGAGUAUCAGGGUUCCUCUGUGCUGGGUCAGUUUGUGACACGCUUCCUGCUCAGAGAGACCUCCACCCAGCUGCAGUCCCUGCAGUCGUCACUAGACUGCGCUAUGGAUGCUGUCCACGACCAAGGCUGCAUCGGCAAGCGCUCAGUGAGAAAGCCGGAAAACCUGCCCAUCCAGAGGGUGACCAAACGUCCCGGCCGACGCAUCCAGAAAAACAUGUGUCUGUCCCCUACGGACCCGUACUCUGGCAUGCUGACCACAGGGGUCAGCGUGGAGUCAGAUUACCACUGGGGCUCGCAGGUUGACCAAUUGGAGCAGCUCAUAGACAAGCUGGAGUGUGAGAGUCCACAACUUGAACCUCUCAAAGAAGACACACUGGCAGGGACGUACAAAUCGAACAUUCUCCUGGUCCAAAGACAGAUGUCAGUGAAGGAGUGUGAUGUGGAACGUUUCCAGCAUGCUCUAAAGAUCUACACCGAGGCCAGCAGCGGACAGCAAAACAACCUGCACAUUUCAGUCCAGAACCUGCCUGACAGAUCGUGCUUCAUCAUGUAUGAAUUUUGGCAGGAUCGUCUCUCCUGGAUGAGUUUCCUGCAGUCGUCCAUCAGUAAGACAUUCCAGCGCUGCAUUAUAGACGCGCUGGAGGAGCAAGAGAUGGUCUCCACCAUGCUCCUCCCAGCUUCCUGGUGGAUUAUGAACAACAAUUGACAGUGCAACGCUUCUUCAGAUCAACCGGAAUGAGAAAAGGACAUUGUUGUGGUUGUUUGUUGUUGCUCCCUUCUGUAAAUUCUGAUAUUCCUUAGCAGCCAGAAGAGAUGUGUGUCAAGGUACAAAUAUAAAGAAUAAAAGUUGAAUAGAUUGUAAUGCAAUAUUUUAUGCAGCGCUCAGUAUCUGAUAUUGAUGUUGAUCUAGUACUUUUCUUACUGAAAUUGAAAAGGGAAAAAAAAGUUGCAUGAUUUCUUCUACCUGUCAUUCUUACAUUUUAGACAGAUACAAUGUCAAUGCAGGUAAAGCAGCGCAUUUGUUAUUUUUUUUUGCCCAAUGCAGACAGCAACAGAGAGUAACUAACAUGUUAGCUUUAUUUUCCUUUUUGUUCUCUUUGUGAUGUUGUGCGCUUUCAUCUCCUGAACUAGGUCUCAUCUUUCUCCCCGUGGAUGAAAACAUUCUUAGGUCUGGACUCAAUACAUAGACGGUCUACUUUAGACAAUAUAAAAUGGUCCACCUUUAAAAUUGUGUGUCACUCUUGCACUUUAGUAAACCUGUGACUGCUGGAAAAAAUACAUUUACUGUAGACUGUAAAUGUAUGUUGAACAACAGUUUCACUUAAAGCAGAAUAUCAACAGCGUGACCAAAUUGUUCGGACAUCGAGUGUCCGUAUUUUACUUUUGGAAGCUGUAACCAUGCAGACGGGAAAUUCACACAGUGUUUAUAUGUUUUGGAGCAAGACGUUUCUGUGUGACGUCGCUGCUGCACGAAUGUCCAACACGUAGACUCGUCACAUGUAAGUAGUAUAGUUGAAGAUACAGUAAAUCCAUGUACAGUGUGAUGGUUACGCGUUAAAUGUGACGAACAAGCGUGCUCACGGUCCAUGCAUGAUGUACUGUAUAAGUCAUAGAAAGGCAAGUAACGCAUGGACCGUUGUUCACUCACAUCUCCCCCCGCUGACCGACCCCCCCCCCCCUAGCAAUAAUGUGAAGUUGCAAUGUGUUAUGUGUUGUAUAUGUUUCCUAGCAUCCAAUAAAAAUGACGUACUUAAUUUAUUAUUUUCUUAAAUGUGGGACUGCUAAUAGAUUUUUCCGUCAUGUUAUAAAAAGAACUGGAUGUAGUGAGACAUAAAAAUUAUUAAAUAUAAACAGUAGCCAUGUGGUGACUUCUGAAUAAGUGACCUCGACUUCACAUUUUAUUUUUACAGGAAGAUACAGCAAUAUAAAAAAUACUCUGCAUAGAUGCUGCAUGAAUAAAAAUUACUCAUUGAAACAAGACCAAUGUGAUUAAAUUCAAGGUUUAUGUUCCUAUUCUUUUAUUUUC